AUGGCUAAACCAUAUUGUAUACGAAUGACAAAUGUUUCGUUUAAAACAUAUUCAGAGAAACUUCUCAAUUAUGUCAAUCAUUGUUAUUUUAUUCCUCUACCAUAUAAGAAUCAAAUUCGAGCUCAAGAACAAGCCCAAAUUAUUGCAUCGAUUCGAGAAAUAAUUAAAAAACACAAACUUAUUGUUCAUCUGGCUGAUAAGGCGGAAUUAUCACAUUUAUAUUUUAAUCCUAAAACACAUAAGGAUGAUAUUCCAGUACGACCCAUUGAAAAUACAAUUCAUUCACCAACAAAAAAUAUUUCCGACUUUUUCGAUCAAUUAAUACGGCCUAUAUUCGAUGAGAAAUGUAGUAUAACAACAAUUAUUAGUGGCACUUCUUUAAUUAAUCAAUUGAAAACAUAUAUUAAUAAAGGUCUUUUUAAAUCGUCAACUCUUUUUUGUACCUUUGAUAUACGUAAUUUGUAUACUAUGUUACCACAAGAUGAAGCAUUAAAAAUUCUGACUGAAUUUCUUCAACAUUAUGGAUAUACGAAAGUUGUUAAAAUUUAUCUUAAUACAAUAGGCGAAUUAGCUACAAUAGUAUUAAAAGAAAAUGUCUUUGCCUAUGGUAAUAAAAUCUAUCAACAAAUUCUUGCUAGUGCUAUGAGUUCAUCAUUUACAUUAACUUUAGCCAAUAUUCUCAUGUGGAAUUGGCAACAAAAAUUGGUUGAUCAACAAGAGAAAACAGGUGAAUUUUUGGUCGCUACAGAACCUUCUUUUAUACCAUUUACAUCGGAUCAUCCUCAACAUGUUUUCGGAAAUAUAAUACAAAGUUCACUUGCACGAGCAGUUCGAUAUUCAUCUACAUUUGAAGCCUUUCAAAACGAACAACGUUAUAUUGAAUUUAUGCUCUUAUAUAAUGGGUAA